ACCGUCACAGUCAAAGUGUCAUGUAAUAAUCAAAAUUGUGAUAAUUCUUUGGCUCCGUCAAUGUUAUUUUUAAAAAUAAACAAUAUAAUAUAAUGAAAUUUGAAUAACAAUAAGACUAAGAUAAAAUUGUAGCAGAGUGCAUUAAAAUGGCUUUAAAAUACUUGUUGUGUGUUCUUUUGACUUACAACAUGUCGUUGUAUUGUGGCUCCGCGGCGGUGCACGGGCACAGCAUCGACAAUCUGGAGCGGGAGACGGACGGGAGCUUCCGAGCGAGGGAUUACGAGCACUACGGCGACUCCGGACACAACUCAGAGUUCGACCACGAGGCCAUUCUAGGUAGCGUGCGGGAGGCCGAGGAGUUCGACAAGCUGAGCCCCGAUGAGUCGAAGCGACGACUCGGGCUACUGCUGCCCAAAAUGGACCUAAAUGGAGACGAGCACAUAGACCGGCUGGAACUUAAAAAGUGGAUCUUGAAAUCAUUCAUCAAUUUAUCGCGGGAAGAGGCUCAAGAGCGUUUACUGGAAGCUGAUGAGGACCAUGACGGUGCAGUGACGUGGAACGAGUACUUACACGAUGCCUUCGGAGUGGAGUCUGAGGAUGAAGUGGGCCCUGAGGACACGGGUGAUUCUGGACUGAUAUUGCGAGAGGAGAAAGCAAUGUGGGCUGCAGCGGAUGCCAACAACGACGGCAAGCUGGAGCUGAACGAGUUCCAAGUGUUCACAAACCCGGAGGAGCACAAGGAGAUGCACCAGUUCCUCAUCAACCAGACUCUCAGAGAGAAGGAUCUCAACAAGGAUGGCAGUAUAGACUUCAACGAGUACAUUGGCGAGAGAGGCAGCCAGCAGGACAAAGUAUGGCUGAUAUCAGAGAAGGACAAGUUCGACAACGACCUGGAUCUGAACAAGGAUGGCAUCAUCGACCUCCAGGAGAUGCACAGCUGGAUCAUACCUGAUAAUGAGGAAAUAGCUGACGAGGAAGUAGACCACCUGUUCGCGUCAGCUGAUGAUGACCACGACGACCUGCUCUCCUUCGAAGAGAUCCUGCAGCAUCACGACGUGUUCGUGGGCAGUGAGGCCACGGACUACGGCAGCGACCUGAUGGGGGAGCACUUUGAUGACGAGCUCUGAAGACUUGGCCUGCUCUUCCUGUACUUGAGCGUUCGUGUACGUUGAAUAUAGUUAAUGUUUAAAUUAUAGAUAAUUCUGGUCAUAUUGUUUAUAUGUUUUUUGUUUAAAUAGUUGUCUUUAUGUUUUUGAGUAUAUUUGUGUUUUUGUAACGUGUUAAUGAUAUUUCUAUGUAAAGAUUAAAUGGAAAAUUUUAAUUGAACAAAUCUCAUUUAGUUUAAAGCUCUGAAUUCACACAUAUCAUAAGGAUGAACAUGAUACACAUCUAUAAAAAAUAUUUAACUACAUAAAAAUGAAAAGUCAUGCUUUUUUAUGCUCAAAAAGGUUUAAUAACAGAGUUAUCUCUAGUUUAAAUGUUAACUAUAUUCAAAACUGAAUGCUUCAAGUUCAUGGCCAGUUCUCACCAAGCGCGCUUGGGUCUAGUUCUAAGGUUUUAUAAAUGGAUGUCUACCGUGAGUAACGCGUCCAACUAAUUUAUUUACUAAGCAAUAAGACUUCCCCAUUCUUGAGGGGAUGGGCGUAAUAUAUUCAAUUGUAUUUAUAUUCAAAAAUGUAGUGGUAAGUGUGCGUUUGUAUUUAGAGUCCUUUUUCAUAAAGAUGCCAUGGCUGUCCAACCACAAGAUCUAUACAGUCGUAUAGGAUAGAAACAUAUUAGCUUACACACGUGAACCAUUCGAGUAAAGCUCAACCAGUUUCGUGUCAGAUCGGGACUCAUAUGAAAGAAAGAAAGGAAAAUAAUUUAAACACGACACACUACAAAAAUACAGGUACACACAAAAAGCCCAUGGUGCGUCGUAGCGCAAAAGAAACUAUAAAUAUAUAAAAUAUGAAUGAGUUUGAAUUUAAAAGCUUUUCUAGAAUAGUUCACAAUAGUAAGCUGUAUAUUUCAUACGAUAGUUAUUAGUCGUAUUCUGUCGGCGGCUAAAUAAACCCAAGUAUUGUUCUAAAGUAUUGUUAUUAAGAUCUGCUGUCUUUGAUACCUCGGCUUCUAGACUGGUCGUACAACCAUGAUACUCCAAUGGAAUAGGGCUUAAAUUGUGACUUAAAUAAUCAAAGUAUUUUGUUUUAUAUCCGUUAUUUGCAUUUUAUAUUCUACUAACUGUAACCGUAAAACCAAUUAAUCUGAGCCCACUAUCUCGUAAAUUUUAAUGAAUUGUGUACAAUCGUGUGACACGCAUAAGAUCUAAUAAAUUAAAUUAUUCUUAUUAUUUAUACACUACAUUAAUAUUUAAACUACUUACGGCCUAAUUUUAAUGUUGUAUUGUACUCGAAUCUUACCUCAUUUAGACUUGAAAAUACAAUAUCCCUAAUGAAAAACUGGCGGCAACAAAAACUACUUAAUAACAAACUAGUUAAGGUUGAUAUUAGCCCAAAGCGCAUUGUAAAAUAUGUAAAAAUAACCAACAUUUGUACAAAGUUAUUCAAUAAUAUCAAAUAGAUAGGCUUUGUUAUAAUUUUGCACAAACCACGCAAUAUGUUCAUGUCAUAGACUAGUCAUGAAAUGUUAAUAUAAUUUAAGAAAUUGAUUUAAAAUGAUGAACAUUGUUUAAAAUGUUGUAGGCCAUCGUUCACCCCUGUAUCGUCAUGUGAGAGUAUUAAUUUAACACAAACAAAUGUUACAAUAUGUCGGAAAGUGCUUAUUAAACAAUGUUUAUAAUA